AUGGCUAGCAUCAAUCGUUCUUCCUCUUUUUUGGGUAUUAUGUAUGAUUUGGUUGCAUAUACCAGCAGGAAGAACAUGAAAUAUCUCCAUUAUACCACCUACUUAAAGGAGAGCAUAGAUCUGUUCAUACGUGCAUGUCUAAUUGUCUAUACAAGUACACAACCAUGCAUUAAAGCUCAACAAUGCACGACAAAGACCUGGCCUGUGAGGCCAGUCAAUCAGGAUCCUUUGGCCGCCUCAAAUGAUCUCUUGGGCACCGCAUCUAUGAGUACUAGUACUAGCAGCUAG